CGCCCGCCCGCUCGCGAUGAAGGCGGCCCAGGCCGCGGGCGCCGAGGCGCCGCCGGGCGCGCGGUCCGUCAAGGUGGUCCUGGUCGGCGACGGCGGUUGCGGGAAGACAUCGCUUCUCAUGGUCUUCGCCGAAGGGUCCUUCCCCGAGAGCUACACCCCCACUGUGUUUGAGCGGCUCACCGUUAACCUGCAAAUGAAGGGGAAACCCCUGGACCUCCAAAUCUGGGACACGGCAGGGCAAGUUGACUAUGACCGCCUACGGCCCCUCUUCUACCCCGACGCCAGUGUCCUGCUCCUCUGCUUCGAUGUCACCAGCCCGCACAGCUUUGACAACAUCUUUAACCGGUGGUACCCAGAGGUGAGCCACUUCUGCAAGGAGGUGCCUGUCAUUGUCGUGGGCUGCAAGACUGACCUGCGCAAGGACAAGUCGCUGGUGAAGAAGCUGCGGAAAAAUAGGUUGGAACCUGUGACCUACCACAGGGUAGGAAACCCAGCCCAAGCGUGGGGGGCCAGGAGAUGGCGAGGUCCGUGGGCGCAGUGGCCUACCUGGAGUGCUCAGCCCUGCUCCGAGAAAAUGUCCAUGCCGUCUUCCAGGAGGCAGCCAAGGUGGCCCUCAGCAGCCGCGGUCGCAACUUCUGGAGGAGGGUUACCCGGGGCUGUUGCGUGGUGACCUGACGUCUUGAGCCCCUCCCUGCCCCAACCACCCCAGCAGCACCGGAAGGAGCUGGGCGCUUCGCUGCCCAGUCGGCUGGGCUGGACCCAGUCCCCAAGCUGUGAUCACCGAACUGCACCUCACACAGCUGGACCCGCCAAGGCCGGGCCCCUGAGCUGGAGCUGCCAACCCUGGAAUAGAGCAUCACCCGCUCACCCUGAGGCCUGAAGAAGGGGCUUCCGGAGCCCACCCGCCCUGUGGAGGGCUAUUCCUGGAGUCCCCUAAAAUGACUGCAGUCUCCCAGCUCCCAGCCUGGACCACACAUCCAGAAGCAGCCUGUUUAGCCAGGCACUGCCUCACAGCUGCCCCCAGGGCUGCCCCUUCAGACAGGGCACUCCCAGAACCCUGAGCCACACAACUCACACCCUCCCUCAUCCCCGCCCCCUGCCCACCCAGUGGUAACUGACAACUAAAACCGACUAAAACCGCAUU